CCCAGUGCAUCCCUAAGCUGAGCACACAACACACACGAGCCACCAAUCAUGGAGCAAGCAACGUACUACCUCAGUCUCUUCUUGGCUCUUCUCCUCCCCCUCUUCCUCCACAAGCUCAUUAGGAAGCGCGACGGCGGGAGGCUGCCGCCUGGCCCCUGGCGCCUGCCGGUCAUCGGCAGCCUGCACCAUCUUGCUGGUAAGCCGCUCAUCCACCGAGCCCUGGCGGACAUAGCGCGCCGGCUGGAUAACGCGCCCCUCGUGUACCUCAAGCUCGGCGAGGUGCCCGUCGUCGUGGUCUCGUCCCACGACGCCGCGCGCGAGGUCAUGAAGACGCAGGACGUCACGUUUGCGACGCGCCCAUGUAACCCGACCACCAAGAUCAUCAUGUCCGACGGGGUGGGGGUGGCCUUCGCUCCCUACGGUGACCACUGGCGGCAGCUCCGCAAGAUCUGCAUCAUGGAGCUUCUCAGCGCCCGCCGGGUGCAGUCCUUCCGGCAUGUCCGGGAGGAGGAGGUCGGGCGCCUACUCACCGCCAUCGCUGCGGCGCCACCUGGCGAGACCUUCAACGUCAGUCAGGGCCUCGCCGUGCUCAUCACCGACUCCACCAUACGUGCCAUGGUCGGGGACAGGUUCAAUAGGCGGGACGAGUUUCUGGAGAACCUCCGGGGCGGGGUCAAGCUCCUCUCCGGGUUCAACCUUGUCGACUUGUUCCCCUCCUCGAGGCUCGCCAGGUUCCUCACCAACUCGUCUCGGCUGGCGUGGGAGAACCACACCAAAAGCUUCGAGCUUAUUGACUACGCCAUGAAGCAACACGAGGAGCUCAAGGCCACCGCCGCGUCCAACGGUAAUGUGAAGGACGAGGAGAAAGAGGACCUACUAGACGUGCUCCUCAGGAUACACAAGGAAGGUAGCCACGACGUGCCUUUUACCAUGGGAUCCAUCAAAUCUCUUAUCGUCGACCUGUUUAGUGCUGGGAGCGAGACAUCCGCGACAACGCUCCAAUGGGCCAUGUCGGAGCUCAUGAGGAACCCCAACGUGAUGAGGAAAGCACAAGCCGAAGUACGAGAAAAUAUCAAAGGUAAGCCAAACGUCACCGAGGAUGACUUGGCAGACCUCAAGUACUUGAGACUCGUCAUCAAGGAGACACUUAGGUUGCAUCCGUCUGUGCCCUUGCUUCUCCCGCGCGAGUCCACCGAGACAUCCAAAGUCCUAGGGUAUGAUGUUCCCAAAGGAACCACUGUAUUCGUGAACACAUGGGCAAUCUGUAGAGACCCCAAGUAUUGGGACGCCGCCGAGGAGUUCAAGCCAGAGCGGUUUGAGUCCGGCUCCGUCGAUUUCAAGGGAACCAACUUCGAGUACACACCUUUCGGGGCAGGCCGAAGGAUAUGUCCUGGAAUGUUAUUUGCCCAGUCUAUCAUGGAGCUCGCCCUCGCGGCUCUUCUCUACCACUUCGACUGGGAGCUUCCCCAUGGGGUUAAGCCAGAAGAGCUUGACAUGACAGAGCAAAUGGGCCUCGCCGUCGGUCGGAAGAAUGACCUAUAUCUGUUUGCCAAGACCAAGGUUCCACUUGAUGGCGCAAUUUAGCGACUUCAAACAUCAC